CGCCCACACCACAUGCUAGGAAGCACAAACUACCCCCCACUACCGCAGGCGCGCAGGGACACGUUGUACGCGUUCUACCCGUACCCCCUACGCGCGCGGGAAAGGGUGCACGCGAGUCUGCGCAGAUCGGCGCCGUCAACCUCGACCUUGACCUCUCCUUCCUCCCCCUCCUCCUCCUCCUCUUCCGCCGCCGAUACCUCGGCCGCUGUGGGCCGCGCCGCGCGCCGCGCUCUUAGAGGGAAGCGUCCUGUGGGCGUAGCGCUGGGCAAGGACGCAGCCGACCUGUCGGACGAAGAGGCCGCGCUGGACGACGAGAAGCACGCGAUCAACGCGUUCGGACACCGUUUUCUGUUGCCCUUCGGGCGGCGGCUGACCCAGAUGGAGAUGGAGGCGGCCCCGUCUCCUACACCCAGUGACCACGACCACAGGCAGGAGGACCGCAACGCCGAGCCGCCGUCCCCCAUCCCGCCUAGUCCCGAGCUCGGCGAGCAAGAGGGCGGCGAGGUAGACCUCGAUGCUAGCCUCGAGGACCGCGAUGCCGACCACGACCAGAGCACAGAGUACGACAGCGACGAUCUGCGCCUCAUGCGUAAUAUGGACCGCAGUAUCGGCACCCACACGCCCGAGUCGGACGACCGGUACCACGAGGAGGAGACAAUGGAGGAGGAGUAACGCAGAUGGGGACGCAUGGGACGGAUUGGCAGUGCCCACGCUCGACGGAUGGACAAUGCCCCGGGUAACAACACCUUGUAACAAUACAUGCAUUAUACGAUAGA